AGGCGGAAGUUAGCAACAUCUCCAAAACAGACGCCAGACAAAAGGCGAGCAUAAUAAAGAGUUUAAAAAAAAAAAACGUUCAAAAAUGUUAAAAACGAUGAUACAGGAGCGACUCAUGGCGGCGGCUGAUGAAAUAUUCGCGCUGUUUGAAAGAACGAUAGCGUCGUACGAGGAGGAACUUUCUAGAACCAGCGAGAAGGAGCGACAUGGACAACAACUUGAAGCUGCUGCGUUUGACGACAAAGACGUCCAGCAGCCCCCCUGCAUUAAAGAUGAAGAGGAGGAACUGUGGACCACUCAGGCUGAUCUUGCCCAGUUGCCACUGACUGGUGUCUCUGUGAAGACCGAAGAUGAUGAAGAGAAACCACCCGAGUCCUCACAGCUUCAUCGCAGAGGGGCGGAGCCUCCAAGCAGCAGCUCACAUCAACAGGAGACAACAGAGGCUGAGGGAGACCACUGUGGGGGAUCACAAGUGGACAAGCUCUUAGCUCCACUAUCAGAUAGUGACGACAUAACGUCUCACUCUCCUGAGGACGGAGACAGGGACGACACCCAAGAUGCUUUGAGCAGCGAUACAGACCGGGAAGGCGAUAUCAGGACUCACGCCGACUCACAGUGCUCCAAAAAGAAGACGCAUGAAAAACUUUUCACCUGCUCAAUUUGCGAUAAAAGCUUCUAUUACAAGAGUAAUUUAGCUCGACACAGGUGGACGCACUCAAAAGAAAAACCCUUUUCAUGCCCGGUUUGUGCCAAAAGCUUUUCCCAUAAGAGUAACCUGACCCGACACGCGCUGACACACACCGGAGAGAAACACUUUAGUUGCUCAGUUUGUGGCGACAAAUUCGCCUACAGCUACACGCUGGCCCGACACAUGCGCACGCACACCGGGGAGAAACCUUUCAUUUGCUCAGUUUGCGGCCAAAGCUACUCUCAGAAAUCAAACAUGGUCGCGCACAUGAAAACGCACUCAGGAGAAAAACCCUUCAGUUGCUCAAUUUGCGGCAAGAGGUUCACUCAGAAGGUGAACAUGGCGUCGCACUUGGCGACGCACGCAGUGGAAAAACCUUUUCGAUGCUCAGUUUGCGGCAAAAGUUUUUGCUACCAGAAAAGUUUGACGGCGCACAUGUUGGCACACAACGGAGAAUAAAUGUUUUCUUGUUCAUCCAUCUUCUUCCGCACAGCCACAAUCGGGUCGCGGGGGCAAUAGCCUAAGCAGAGAAGCCCAGACUUCCCUCUUUUCCAGGCGAGAACCAUGGACUUGGCUUUGAAGUGCUGAUUUCUCAACCCAAUCGCUUCACACUCGGCUGCGAACCGAUCCAGCGGGAGCUGAAGAUCCUGGCCAGAUGAAGCCAUCAGGACCACGUCAUCUGCAAAAAAACAGACCUAAUCCUGCAGCCACCAAACCGGAUCCUCUCAACACCCUGACUGCGCCUAGAAAUUCUGUCCAUAAAAGUUGUAAACAGAAUCGGUGACAAAGGGCAGCGCUGGCGGAGUCCAACUGCCAGGUUCAAACACCGAACUAUCUAUUAAACUGGACAAGAAGCAAGGAAUCAAACAGAGACAGGAUUCAAUUUGGACCUGCACCCUCGUACAGGUCACCCCACGCUCUGAGGAAAAAGUUCCACGCCUCCCCAUUUAUUUGGGCAUUCCCUGAUAAGGCCCUUCCUGUGGCUGUCCAAGAUCUGAGAAACCGACACCUCUACGGCGCAUUCCAUCGCACACAGUGGAGAUUUACAAGCUGUACAAUGAUUAAUUUACUGGUCUUAUUUCAAAAUAUUAUUGAUAAUUUCACCUAUAAACACACUUUUUUAGCACAAACGUACAUACGUUUACACAUAUUUAGGCACAUAUUAGUACUAAGUGACAGUAACAACAAUAAAUAGGUAAAUAGAUUUAUCUUGUAUACAGUGAUUAAUUUACUGGUCUUAUUUCAAAAUAUUAUUGAUAAUUUCACCUAUAAACACACUUUUUUUUUAGCACAAACGUACAUACGUUUACACAUAUUUAGGCACAUACAAGUACUAAGUGACAGUAACAACAAUAAAUAGGUAAAUAGAUUUAUCUUCUAUACAAUGAUUAAUUUACUGGUCUUAUUUCUAAAUAUUAUUGAUAAUUUCACCUAUAAACACUUUUUUUUUUUAGCACAAACAUACAUAUGUUUACACAUAUUAGUACUAAGUGACAGUAACAACAAUAAAUAGGUAAAUAGAUGUAUCUUCUAUACAAUGAUUAAUUUACUGGUCUUAUUUCAAAAUAUUAUUGAUAAUUUCACCUAUAAACACUUUUUUUUUAGCACAAACGUACAUGUGUUUACACAUAUUAAGGCACAUACAUAUACAAGUACUAAGUGACAGUAACAACAAUACAUAGGUAAAUAGGUUUAUCUUCUAUACAAUGAUUAAUUUACUGGUCUCAUUUCAAAAUAUGAUUGAUAAUUCCACCUAUAAACACUUUUUUUUUUUAGCACAAACAUACAUACGUUUACACAUAUUAGUACUAAGUGACAGUAACAACAAUAAAUAGGUAAAUAGAUUUAUCUUCUAUACAAUGAUUAAUUUACUGGUCUUAUUUCAAAAUAUUAUUGAUAAUUUCACCUAUAAACACACUUUUUUAGCACAAACGUACAUACGUUUACACAUAUUUAGGCACAUACAAGUACUAAGUGACAGUAACAACAAUAAAUAGGUAAAUAGAUUUAUCUUCUAUACCAUGAUUAAUUUACUGGUCUUAUUUCAAAAUAUUAUUGAUAAUUUCACCUAUAAACACUUUUUUUUUUAGCACAAACAUACAUAUGUUUACACAUUUUAGUACUAAGUGACAGUAACAACAAUAAAUAGGUAAAUAGAUUUAUCUUCUAUACAAUGAUUAAUUUACUGGUCUUAUUUCUAAAUAUUAUUGAUAAUUUCACCUAUAAACACUUUUUUUAGCACAAACGUACAUACGUUUACACAUAUUUAGGCACAUACAAGUACUAAGUGACAGUAACAACAAUAAAUAGGUAAAUAGAUUUAUCUUCUAUACAAUGAUUAAUUUACACGUCUUAUUUCAAAAUAUUAUUGAUAAUUUCACCUAUAAACACUUUUUUUUUAGCACAAACGUACAUACGUUUACACAUAUUUAGGCACAUACAAGUACUAAGUGACAGUAACAACAAUAAACAGGUAAAUAGAUUUAUCUUCUAUACAAUGAUUAAUUUACUGGUCUUAUUUCUAAAUAUUAUUGAUAAUUUCACCUAUAAACACUUUUUUUUUUAGCACAAACAUACAUAUGUUUACACAUAUUAGUACUAAGUGACAGUAACAACAAUAAAUAGGUAAAUAGAUUUAUCUUCUAUACAAUGAUUAAUUUACUGGUCUUAUUUCAAAAUAUUAUUGAUAAUUUCACCUAUAAACACUAUUUUUUUUAGCACAAAUGUACAUAUGUUUACACAUAUUAAGGCACAUACAUAUACAAGUACUAAGUGACAGUAAUAACAAUAAAUAGGUAAAUAGGUUUAUCUUCUAUACAAUGAUUAAUUUACUGGUCUCAUUUCAAAAUAUGAUUGAUAAUUCCACCUAUGAACACUUUUUUUUUUUUUUAGCACAAACGUACAUACGUUUACACAUAUAUAGGCACAUACAAGUACUAAGUGACAGUAACAACAAUAAAUAGGUAAAUAGAUGUAUCUUCUAUACAAUGAUUAAUUUAAUGGUCUUAUUUCAAAAUAUUAUUGAUAAUUUCACCUAUAAACACUUUUUUUUUUUUUUAGCACAAACGUACAUAUGUUUACACAUAUUAAGGCACAUACAUAUACAAGUACUAAGUGACAGUAAUAACAAUAAAUAGGUAAAUAGGUUUAUCUUCUAUACAAUGAUUAAUUUACUGGUCUCAUUUCAAAAUAUGAUUGAUAAUUCCACCUAUGAACAAAUUUUUUUUUUUGCACAAACGUACAUACGUUUACACAUAUUUAGGCACAUAAAUAUACAAGUACUAAGUGACAGUAACAACAAUACAUAGGUAAAUAGAUACCCCAAAUGUAAUACAUUUUUCUAUAUCUAUUUACUUGUUAUGGUAAAUACCCCAAUAAUUGUUAAUUGUAUUAUUUGGGUAUUUAUUACAAUAUUGAUUGAUUAGAUUUAACAAGAUAAAUUGCGACUUGUCCAGGGUGUACCCCGCCUUCCGCCCGAGUGGACCUGGGAUAGGCUCCAGCACCCCCCGCGACCCCGAAAGGGACAAGCUGUAGGAAAUGGAUGGAUGGAUGGAGAUACAUCACAUCUCUUUGAACUAAAUGCCUACGGCGAGCCUAAGUUAGUAGCAGCAAAGUGGCCAAAGUAUUCCAUUGUUGGACAUUUUCCUGCAUACGGUUGCAAAGUACGCUGUAUGCAAAAAUCCCUAAAAAAUAUCUGUAUUAAUAGCAUAUGUUUUGAAGUUGACAAUAAAGUAAACCACAUGGAAAGAUGUUGAUAAUUGAGGAAGUUAUGAUUUAUUUUCAAUAUGCACUGCAUUGUAUUGCAUUGGAAAGCCGCCCCUACCAAGAUGGCCGCCACGUAGGCACGUCACAAAAUGGCGAUGUUCGGAGUAUUGUGUGGGCUAACGUUAUCUUUUUAGUCUCCGGUUUCCCUGGUCAACAUUGCUCGUUGACGUGUGAGUUACUGCGUGUAUUAUUUUAUGAUGAGCUUUUUCAAACUGUUCAUUGGAUUUUUCAUGGCGUGACGUCACGCACGCCCGGCUUCCGGAAAACUUCACUCGAAGAAGGAAAGAGGGCGGAAGUUAGCAACAUUUUCCCGACAAAGGGCGAAGGCGACCGACUGUUACCGAGUUCAGGAACUUUAAACAUGCUGAAAGAGUUGGUGAAGGAGCGACUCAUGGCGGCGGCCGAUGAAAUAUUCGCGCUGUUUGAAAGAACAAUCGCGUCGUACGAGGAGGAACUUUCUAGAAGAAGAGAGAAGGAGCGACAUCGACAACAACUGGAGGCUGCUAGCAAAAGUGACAUUGUGCUACACAUUGAAGACGUCCAGCAGAUGAUUGCUUGUCAAGAAGAACGUCCCCCUCAGUCGCAGAGGCGGAGCCCCACUUUGAAGCAGGAGGCUCCACAGCCCCCCCACAUUAAAGAGGAAGAGGAGGAACUUUGGAUCACUCAGGAGGGAGAGUAUAUUCUCGGGCUGGAGGAAGCUGAUCUCACCAAGUUGCCAUUGACUGGUGUCUCUGUGAAGACUGAAGCCCAUGAAGAGAAACCACCCGAGUCCUCACAGCUUCAUCACAGUCCACGUGAGGAGAACAGAGGGGCGGAGCCUCCAAGCUGCAGCUUAAUUCAACACAUGACGACAAAGGCUGCUGGAGACCACUGUGGAGGAUCUCAAGCAGAUAACCUCUUAGCUCCACUAUCAGAUAGUGAGGAUGGAGACACCAAUGAACCUUUGAGCAGCGAUACAGACUGGGAAGGGGAUACGAGGUCUCACAUUGACAGCAAACACUCUAAACCCUCCAAAAAGAAGACAGCUUCGACGUGCCAGUCCGCCAUGGCGCCGACCGCCGCGAGACCCGGCCGCUUUCCCCUCUCCCUGGACAAGAAGAUGGAGGUCAUCGAGAUGCACGACCAGCACAAGAUGAGCGCCCGCUCCAUCGCCAGGAUGCUCGGCGUUCAAGGGCACCGCUGUGGCCGCACGCAGGUCCUCAACAUCAUCAAGCGCCGGGCGGAGUGGAUCCAGCAGUUCAGAAGCAACGUGCCACUGGAUCGCAAGAGGAGAGGCAGGAAGACCGCCAACGAUGAACUGAACGCCGUCCUCUACGAGUGGUUCAAGGACGCCGCCGCACGCACGCUGCCCCUAAGCGGGAAGCUCCUCCAGGACAAGGCCCGAGAACUGGCCGCUCAACUUGGGCUGGAUGACUUCAAGGCGUCCAACGGGUGGCUCGGAUCAUUCCGCCGUCGACACGGCAUUGUGUUCGGCGUCGGUUAGAGCCCACACUGCAAAAAGUCAGUGUUCAAAAACAAGAAAAAAAAAUACAAAAUUUAGGGGUAUUUUACUUGAACUAAGGACAUUUAUCUGCCAAUAGAACAAGAAAAUUUGGCUUGUCAAGACUUUCCAAAACAAGUCAAAUUAGCUAACCUCAAUGAACCCCAAAAAUACCUUCAAAUAAGUAUAUUCUCACUAAUAACAAGUGCACUUUUCUUGGUAGAAAAAAAUAUAUAGAUAUUUUUUCUCAAUAUGUUGAAAAAUAUUCUUAAAUUAAGUAAAUGCUAUUGCCAUUAUCUUGACAUAACAAUAUGCGCCCGGCAUUACAUUUCUUGAAACCAGCAAACUUACACUAAAAACUAAUUUGUUUUUCUUAAUGGAAAGGAUAAGCGGUAGAAAUUGGAUGGAUGGAAAGGCAACAAGGCAACCUCUUGUUACUUUCGGGGUCUACGAGCCGCUCAGGCAAAUUAUAUGGCCUAAAAAUGCAUU